CACGAAUGAGGUUCUGUACUUUGUCGCCACUCAUCGGUAGUCCAUUCUAUUAAUCAAUGUCCUGACCUACCGUGUAUCCUGUUUAGUAUUUGAUAAACUAUAAUGAGAUAAAAUAUUAAAGUGGAAUAACCUGAGAUAAACAUGGGGAAAUUAAACGUGACGAUUUUACGAUAUUUAACAAAAGAUGAUUUUCGUGUUUUAACAGCAAUUGAAAUGGGAAUGAAGAAUCAUGAACUUGUUCCUGCAUCAUUGGCUGCGCAAAUAGCAAAUUUGCGUUAUGGUGGUGUACAUAAGUUGUUAAAGGAACUAUGCAAACAUAGGCUUCUCAGUUAUGAACGUGGGAAACAAUAUGAUGGUUAUCGUUUGACAAAUGCAGGCUAUGACUAUUUAGCUUUAAAAGUUUUGGCACAAAGAGGUAUUAUUGCUUCUUUUGGUAAUCAAAUUGGAGUAGGAAAAGAAUCUAAUAUCUAUAUAGUUGCUGAUGAGGAUAGAAAUCCAAUGUGUUUAAAACUGCAUCGAUUGGGAAGGACUUGUUUUAGAAAUAUCAAAAGUAAGAGAGAUUAUCAUCAACAUAGAAAAUCGGCAUCAUGGUUAUAUCUAUCAAGAAUAUCAGCAACAAGAGAAUAUGCAUAUAUGAAAGCACUUUUCGAUAGAGGAUUUCCAGUACCUAAACCAAUUGAUCUCAAUAGACAUUGCGUUGUUAUGGAGCUGGUUGAAGGUGGACCUCUAUGUGGUGUAUACAGACUGGAUGAUGUUGAAUCGUUGUAUGACGAACUAAUGAAUUUGAUUGUAAAACUGGGAAAUCACGGAGUUAUUCAUGGAGAUUUCAAUGAAUUUAAUAUCAUGAUAACAAAUAGCGGAAAACCCAUUCUUAUUGAUUUUCCACAAAUGAUUUCUACCGAGCAUGUGGAUGCUGAAACUUAUUUUGAAAGAGACGUAAACUGUGUUCGUGAUUUUUUUAAAAGACGUUUCGCUUACGAAAGUGAGUUGUACCCGACGUUUCAAGAUAUUUCGAGAGAAGAUUGUAUCGAUGUAGAAAUUAAGGCCAGUGGUAUUACAAAACAAAUGGAAAAGGAUCUUUUGAGGGAAAUAGGCAUGGUCGAAGUUGAAGAUGAAGAAAUUGAGGAGGAUUGCAACGAGGAUACGGAUGAAGAAAAUAAAAAUACGAAUGAGAGUGAAAUUAAUUAUUUACAACUCGAAGUCGAAAACUCUGUGAGAAAUGAAUUUAUGUGUACAUCAAAGAAAACAUCCGAAGACUCAGAAACAAAUGAGAAGGAAGAUUCAACUGUUUUAUCCGUAGAAGAUCGUAUUUUAGAAGAAGGUGUUAAAAAGAUCGAUAUGGGUAAGUCAGUGGGAAACUUAAUAGGCAAAAAGUCAUACGAUUUAAAUGUAAAGCACAACAAAGAAAUAACCAAUUCGUUUCUUUUUACAGAAACAUGCAAUCCAGAAGAUGAUGAUGUAGAAAAAUUUAAUGAUUCGAAAAGUAUGUACAGUAGUAUGACAGCUUCAACGAUCGCCCCUGAACUUAUUAAGAAAAAGGUGAAAAUAGCUUUACAAAAACGUGAAAAGAGGGAGCAAUCUAGAAGAAUUCUUGUGAAAGGAGAGGCAAAUGCGAUAACUAGAGUUAGAAGGGAGAAUAGGGAUACGAUUAAACAAUCAACAGGGAUAUGGGGGUGGGAAUAAAAAUGAUACACUUUUGCUACUUAUUGUAGAUGAUUUAUUCAAAAAUAAAAAACAACAAAAGUAAAAAAUAAAACGAAGCUAACAAAUAAUAUAUUUUUAUUAAUAAAGCUUCGAUCAUUUCUAUAUUAUACUUAUUUCCCUAAAAGAAUUUAUUUAGAUAUAGCAUAACGCUUUUAAAUAUCUAAGUAUCCACUCCACCAUCGAAAAAGAUUAGCACUAUUAACUGGCAAGAUAAAGAUAACAAAAGAAAAUGAAAUUAACAUGAGAAUGAUUAAAAUUCAAGUCAUGGUCCUAGUAUGUGCCACUGUAUAUUUAUUAAAUGUGAUACGUUUUAAUUCUUCGACAUAUUGUUUCUUACAUAACAUUCGACAUAGCAGAGGAUAUAAAUCUAUAUGAUUCUUUGCACUAUUUGCACAGACUCUCUCUCUCUCUCUCUCUCUCUCUCUCUCUCUCUCUCUUUCUCUAUCUAACUAUCUAUCUAACUAUCUAUCUAUCUAGCUAUCUAUUUAUCUAUCUAUCUAUCUAUCUCUCUUCUUUCUCUCUCUUUUUGUCUUUCCCUUCACCCUGAUUAUAUAAGUGUUAGAUGUAUAGUGAUGCUUCGUACGUAUCAUUAAACCUCUUAAUAAUCAUCUAUAAAUAUAUAAUUGGUUUACCAACAGAAUAUAUUUGGAAGAGAGAUUCGAAUAUCAAUUGUCGUUAGAGAUACAUUCAAAUAUAGACGUUCAUAUAUAUUUAAAAUAAGUUAAUAACGAUUUACGAAAAAAAGGUAAUUAAGAGAAGAGAUUGCAAAAUGAUUAAUCUAAUAUAUUAUGUGACUUGAUGAUUGAAUCCAUGUUUCCGUCGAAAUUUUCGGUAGUUCAUAAUACAAACAAACUUUAAAUAUUUAUACAAGUAAGUUAAUUUUAUUUAUCUAUAAGGGUGCAAUAUGAUCACAGGCUAUAGAUAUUAACAUCUUUAUCAGAUGUUACGAAAAUUUUCGGUACCUUUUAUUCAUAUAGUAAUUAGAGAAUUAGGUAGAAACAUAGAUCAUUUUAAGAAGAAAUGUAGCAUUUUGUAUGUAGUACGAAAUUUGCAUUAGGCAGAUAAGAUAAUUUGAAAUUAGAUACGAAGGUCAAAAGUUGCUUACAUUUCAGUAAACAUUAAUUUUGUUUAUAUUCGGAAGUUACAACUGUUCGUUUACAUUGGUAUUAACAUAUUUCAUCUGUAUGUGUGUACAUACGUAUGUACAUUGGGGCAUGUUUGGUGAUUAGAGAAGUUCAUUUUUGCGAUUGUCCCUAUAAAGUAAAUUUUUGCGUCUCGUUUCUACAGCAUAGAAAUGUCUUACUUCCUCAAGAAAUAAUUUCCAAUUUUAAUUUUCGAUCGUUAGAUUCAUAUACACAUGCAUAUAGAGCGAGCCAAUAAGAAGUACUACUUAAAAUACCUCGUUACCUACUGGCCUUAUCGAAAAACGUCAUAAACGAAUCGUUGAGUUUAACGUAUUAAAGACAAGGAAAGACUCAAAGUGUUAUUCUUGCGUUUACCUUAUCUUUGUCUUUCAUACGUUAAGUUUGAUAGAUUAAAAUUAAAAUAUCUGGUUUUUCGGUAUAAAUAAGUUAAUGCUUUUUUACAGAAAAUGUUAACGUAUACGGCGUCUAUAAAAAAACUCAAGGUCACCUUGAUAUGUCAGAAAAUAUAAGAUAUAGAAAAAUACAAUUGCAUCAUUAGAUUGCAUCAAUAGGUAACGAGUUAUUUUAGAUAAUGCAUACUUUUUAUCGAUUUACCCUGUAUAUAUAAAAUAAACAUUUUAAAAAUUAUUUUUGGGGGGAAAAUUGUAUAUUGUUCAAUUAUUUAAUAUCAGAUACAUGUCUAUUAUAACGAACAUCUUAAGAUUUGAAUUUUUACAUUUACUCCAAAUGUAUUAUUUUGCAAUGGAUCAACGAUCUUGAACUUUGAACCGAAUCGACGGAGACUGAUUGGAGGUUUCGCUCCAAGGGUCGUUUGAUUCGAGAAGGAAUGUUUCGAACAGACUCGAAUAUUUUACAAAAAUCUUGGAGAGUGACAGAAACGGAAAGAACAUUUGUGCGAAGAUGCGAACAAAACAAAAGUAGUUAAUCGAGAAAGUUCGUCGAGCACAUCGAUAUUUUUUAGAAGAGUAAAACGAUUCCACAGGGUACGAAUGAUAAGGUUGCUUGUUGUGAUGAUCGCGACAGCUAGACUGCUCAUAUAUAAGCCGCGCACGCUCUUCUCUUCUAGUUUGAGUGUCAUUCUAGUGCUCUUCGCGGAAUCUAUUUUAGUAUAAAUCGUGUUCGUCGAUUGCUGUAACGACAUCUGCUUUUUUAACAUGGCCAAAGACAAUCUCACAGCUAUUCUCUAUGGUAUCAACGAUAUAAGACUGG